GCGCGUCUGGUAACCGUACGGUCGGGUAGUGUUUUCCAGGACGUUGUUGCGGGGACGUUCCUGAGACUCAGGAGGUUGGACGGCUGUGGCCUUGGUCCAAAAAGGAUUGCAAGUUUUGCCCGUGGUCAAUUGUUUGAUGCUGGUGCUUUUGCUGGCGUGAGGGUUCAGUGCAGUACGAUCAGUCUGUUGGUGGGCGAUGAACGGUUGAGUGUUCAAGCGGAGUUGUGGGAUUUGUCUACUGAGAUUCAGGGAUCUUUUACGUGCAGUAUUUUCAACGUUCUAUUCUUCGGCUACCGUGUCAUGUUCAGUUUCAACUUAGAAGUAAAAGGGGGUAUGUUGCGUCUCAGCAUUAACGAUUGCUUAACAUUGUCUAUUGAGGAACUAGUUGUACUUUCUGGCCUUAAGAUGAAGGUUGUCCGAUACAUGCACAACGAUAUACAUGGAGGAUGUAAAGUGCAGAUCAUUUUUUGGAGUUGUGCAGGCACAGCUUUAGUCGGCUAG